CUCCAGCAAUGCAAAAAAAGUUGUGAUACGUUGUGACACAUCAUAUAGGGAGUUAUUACAAUUUAUUCGUUCGACCUCUGUCUGAAGUUUUGGCCAUUGCAGCCCCCUAUGGUCACAUAAUAAGAAUUCAUGAACUUGACAGCCUGCAUGCGCUUAUGAAUGCAAGGGCACUGCAACCACUCCCAUCCCACUAUUUUCCCCCAUCUGCUCUUUUGGCUUCCUGCCACCCUGCACUCCUUACACCAGUUCACCUGUUCCACCUUCAUAGAAGGGCAGAUCUAAAAGUUUGGUCAGGUGGAAAAUUUUCAGUCAACAGAAAUUUGAAAGGGAGUCUGGGUGAUAUAAACGUAAAAUAGGGCUAAUAUGUUUUCUAAUUAUGAUUAUAUGCUUUCAGGCCUGUUUGCUCUUAGCUACCACAUAGCUUGAUAUAUUUCUAACUAAAGAAAAUAAAUAUUGACUUGCAAGGUAUAAUUUUAACUACACAUUUAAAAAGAUAGAAGAAAAAUUGGUUAACUUCUAGCUGCAUUCUAGUUCCAUUCGUCUUGCAUCUUGAUAACACGUUUAAUAAAGGUUGGCCAGAAUUACAUUUACCGGAGCAAGAGACGAUAUAGCAAAGUUUGCAUGAGGCGCGUGGCGGUCUACCUCUAAUCUAUAUUCUACGGCUACGCCCUUUUCUAAACUGCUCUUCUUCGCAAUCAACCCCUAACCAUCACUCCUUCCUAUUCGACUAUUCCAUUUUCCUUUCAACCAGGGAGCGCCCUGACUGAAAAAAUGAUCUAAGCUGCAUUAUAGGGCGCUGUCGCUUGUUGCUAGGUGACCAGACGCGAAAAGGCAGGGCGGAAGAAAGAGUGAGAAAAAGCUCCAGCAGACAAGGCCGCUGCACUGCGACAAAAACGAAAAGGAGAAGGCGCGCGUGCGUUAGCCUUCCUGAUUUGCUAUAGGCUCGUUGGGACCCCGGGAAGGCGAGAUAUAGCGAGGAAUUUACCUAUUGGUUUUCAAGGAACACCCUUUUGAAUCAUACUUCCGUGCCAAAAAAAAUGAACCAUGGAUAUAUAGAAAAUAAUAAUGUCCCACACGACAAUAAUCAAAUGGUUUUGGAUAUGAUUCUUUGUUCUUUACUUGGAGUUCCUCAGCCUGUCAACUGGGAAAAUGUGGCAAGAUUGGUUCCAGGGUAUUCAUCCAAAGAGUGUGCAAAAAGGUUUGAUGAGCUGAAAAGCAAUGGAAGUUCUCCAGUGGAUAACCAGUUCAAUCCACUAAUGGCUAGUGGUUUGAAACCUGUAGAAACACUAGCUGGUUAUAUUAAAUCAUCACUUCUUGAUGCUCAGGAUGAGUUACAAGAACCCUCUAAUGAAAAUGAUGCAAUUUCUUUAAAUGGAAAGUCAAGUAUAGCUUCCUCAAGGAAUUGCUCUUCAGAAAGUGAGAAAUGCCCUGCACUUAAAGGUGGAGAAAAUGCUGAUGAAACUGAAGGGCCAAAUAUGGUGAUCCAUGUGUGUGAUGAAGCAAAAAAUCUGAAGGAAGAUUUUGUUUGUCCACGUGAUCUAUUGAUUUCUGAAAUGAAGUACUUUGCUGAAUAUCUAUCAAUGGAUGCCCAACGCUGGGAAGAAGUGGACAUUUCAGUUCACUGUGACGUUCACAUCUUUAACUGGUUGAUAAGAUAUGUUAAAAGGAACACUAAGGAAUAUGAGGUUGAUGAAAUACCCACCUUAGAACCAAGCAAUGUCAUUUCAAUACUUAUUUCCUCUGAAUUUCUGAAGAUGGACUCUUUAGUAGAAAAAUGUAUUAAUUAUUGCCACAAGAAUAUGAGUACAAUUGUAGCUACGCCAUGCAAUAUGAACUGCAUUAAUGCUAACCUACUAACCCGCAUAACUGAUCUUUUCACACAUAAUGAAGUAGAAGAGGUGAAGGACAAGAGAGAUAAAUUUAAGAGCAAACUUUUCUGUAAGAAGAUAGAAAGACUGUUUGAUCCAAAGUAUCAGAAUGCAGAUUCUAAGGGAAACGCUGCAACCCUUUACAGGUGUUACUUAUGUAAGAAACUUCUUAUUAAGGAUACUGAAAGAAAAAUUCCAUGUAUUCCUGGAAAGAUUAAUGUGGAUCAGUAUGGAAAUAUACUCUAUAUUCACAUAAGAGAUAAAACUUGGGAUCUCCAUGAGUAUCUCCUGAGUCUUUUUGAAGAAUUAAAAUCAUGGCGAGAUGUAUACUGGCGUCUUUGGGGAACUAUUAAUUGGUUGACCUGUUCAAGAUGUAAUCAAACUUUCCUGUGCACUGAGUUUUCACAUUGCCAAUAUCAUCCUCAACCAGUUCUCUAUCCUGGUGUAGCAAGUUCUCUUGGUUCCACUGGUACCGGAAUGUAUCCCUGCUGUAACCAAAAAGCUCUUAGGUUUGAUCCUGCUCCUAUUCCAAAAGGAUGUAAAGUAAGAGAUCAUGUGAUUGGCUUGCCUCCUGGAGGUGAAGGUGGGGAUAAUGUGCCCUACCAGACAGCAAAAGUACUAAAUGAUCUGAUUCAUCACCGAAAUAUUAUUGUUCUGCCCUUUUCAAAAGACCAGAACAGCAAUUCUGGAAUAGGGCUGAAUGAUGAGAAGGGUUUUGAAUGUGAUAUUUUAUUGGAGCCAAAUUCAUCAUGGGGGCCCAAAGCAGGAGAAAUAAAUACUUUCCUUUCUCUGAAAAACUGGACUCUUCAGCUGAAACAACAAUUGCUGCUUUCAGAAGAUGAUGAAUACACAACUGGGUCUGAAGUCACAGAGGAUGAAGUAGGUGAUGAAGAAGAAGUGUCCAGGAAAACAGGGAGAAAAGAGAGGCCAAAAAAAAAUAUAAGAAAUCCAAAAAAGCAAGUAUCUUCACCUAAUAUUCAAAAGAAGGAAAAAACAUUGGAGAAGCCUAACUCUCGAGACACAUCUCCCUUUAUAAUGAGUAUGCAGCAGAGCAAGUGGGAUCCUUCGAGAUCACUAAGAUUCAAUCAAGAUGCUCAAAGAGAAGAAGAUCAGCGGCGAAUGAUUGAGAUAACAGGACAUCUAAUAAAAAUGAGGUUGGGGGAUCUUGAUCGCCUAAAAUCAAAAGAAAACAAAGAAUCUGCAGCUGGAAUUUAUGCAAGACUUGAAGCUCAGAUCAGAGCAGCAGCACAAGUCAAUAUUCGUCAGAACAUUCCUGAAAAAAUUAUAAGGACAAAAGCUCGGUUUGGUCAAAGCCGUCCAACUUAAAAACAAAACCCAGAGAUUUUCUGUGCUGAAGCCAAAGCUGUCAUGGUUCCGACAGAUGAAAUUCUGCUAACAUCGGAUGUUUUGCAUUGACAAAAGCACUUUUCUGCCUUCUGCAACUGCACAGGAUUCCAGAAUCUGGGCAUGCUUCUUCCGAAAUAUUUCAGUGACUGACAUUACCGUCUGCCAUGUUAAUUAUUCUGUUUUAAUGAAUUAAUACCAAAUUUACAUCUGUAGUAAGUUGUAAAUACACCAUUUUCUCUUAAGCAAUGGUGCAUUUAUAAGCCUGCAAAACAAAUGUAAAACCCUUAUUUGACUGAGGGUAGAAAAAGUGGUGCUAAUGAAAUUAAGAAUUUCAUAUUUUGCUAUCAAUUUUUAGUAACGGUCAAACCUGGCCCUUUUAUAUAUUUAGUGCUUUAUCUGGCAACAGUAUUAACUUUUAAUGAUUUAGUUGUGUAAAAAUAAGACGGAAAUGCCUGUUAAAAAUCUUGAUCUUAUUCCUGUUCUGCCAGUAAGUUUUUCUCUCUACGGUGUUAUCUCUCAGUGAGACAGAAUGCAUGUUAAUAGAUGCUUCCUCACCAAACUUCCUUUCUUCAAUACUUAAAUAAAAAAUACAGUUAAGAGAAAAAAUAACUCCACAGUAUUUUAUGGGUACAAACAACCCCACAGUCUUUUUCUGCACUGAUGUGCCAAAUAUGACAAAUGAUAAGGGUAAAGUCCAUGCUUGUAACUAUAAGGCUUUUCAUAACUGACUUGUGUCUACAUCUCUUUGCAAAAUUAAUCUUUGUGUAGAAAGAUUUGUGUAUGUAGGCUUCAAGUUAUCACCCUGCUCCUUGAUAUCAAACU